GGACGCAUAGAGUCUAUGCACGGACGCAGAGUUCGUUCACGACGUUCACAUCACUGUUUCAUUAUGGAAAAGGAAAGGAUCACAGUCUCUCGUUUCAGAGGUUCAAAAAUCGAUAAAAUUAAAAAAAUUGAUAUAUUCACUAAAUUGAGAGAACCAUACAAGGAGACUUCAUCAGUGGGCGGCACUUGUAGUUUCAGUUAUCAGUUUCUUGAUAAUAUUAUGGUUGAUAUUGCUGGAAGUUAAUUAUUACAUGGAGAGUCAAUUUGUAUUCCGGUUUUCGCCAGACACAGAUUUUGAUGCAAAACUGAAAAUUAAUGUGGAUAUAACCAUUGCAAUGCCUUGCUCAAAUGUUGGAGCUGAUAUUUUGGAUUCUACUAAUCAAAACGUGUUUCGAUUUGGAAGCUUACAGGAAGAGGAUACUUGGUUUGAACUUGCUCCUAACCAGAGGAUUCAUUUUGAUAAUAAGAAACACUUCAAUUCCUAUUUGAGGGAAGAAUAUCAUGCUGUCAAAGAUCUCUUGUGGAGAAAAAGUUAUUCUACCCUAUUCAAUAAUCUACCUCCUAGAAGUAUCAAUCCCGAUCGACCCUAUGAUGCCUGCAGGAUAUAUGGCAAUUUGGAAAUCAAUAAAGUUUCUGGAAACUUCCACAUCACUGCUGGAAAAAGUCUGAGUCUUCCUAGAGGACACAUCCAUAUAAGUGCAUUCAUGAGUGACAGAGACUAUAAUUUUUCUCAUAGAAUAGAUAGGUUUAGUUUUGGCGAUUCUAGUCCAGGAAUAAUUCAUCCCCUGGAGGGAGAUGAGAUGAUUACCAAUAAUGCAAUGACCCUGUACAAUUAUUUCAUAGAAGUCGUGCCAACAGAUGUUAAAACAUUCCUAAAUACAGUUAAAACAUACCAGUACAGUGUGAAACAAUUAGCUCGACCCAUAAAUCAUGACAAAGGUAGUCAUGGAAUGCCUGGACUAUUUUUCAAAUAUGAUGUUGCCGCAUUGAAAGUAACAGUUAGUCAAGAAAGAGAUCAUCUUGGGAUGUUUUUAAUAAGGCUGUGUUCUAUUAUUGGUGGAGUAUACGUUUGCUCAGGUUUCAUCAACAGUAUGGUGCAGUCUAUAUAUAAAUUAUUUUUGUGUAACAAGAAGAAACAUACACAAAAUGAUUUUGAAAAUGUACCUGUUACUGUUCCUCCCAUUGUACCUGUGAAAUUAAUAUAAAAUUUAAAUAAUUA